AUGGCUCCUAGAGCUGGCUUCAAUACGGAACAGAUAAAGGACAAGGCGCGCAAGGACCUCCUUUAUCUGCUCGAGGCUGUUCGUGGAAAGAAGAACCUCAUUCUUGAGCGCAGCUUGGCCGGCCCAAUUGGCACCAUCGUCAAGGUCGCCACUCUCCAGGAAUACGGCGUGGACAAGUUUUUCUUUCUCGAGAACAAGAAUGCAGAUACGAGCCAGCGGAAUGUCAUCUUCAUAGCUCGCGGGGAGUGCGCGCGUCAUGCACAAACAAUAGCAGAGCAGAUUCGACGUUUACAGCGCGAGAGCCAGACCGGCCAUGAGUUCCACAUCUUCUGGGUACCUCGGCGGACCCUUGUCUCCGACAAACUGCUGGAGGAGGCGGGCGUCUUGGGCGAUGUCAACAUCUCUGAGUUGCCGUUGUAUUUCUUUCCUCUGGAGAAAGACGUUCUCUCGCUCGAGCUGGAUGAAUCUUUUCGCGAUCUUUAUCUCUCGAGGGAUGUCACGCCGUCAUUCCUGCUCGCCAAAGCUCUGAUGGAAAUCCAACAGAAUCAUGGCUUGUUCCCCCGGAUCAUCGGCAAAGGCGACAACGCGAAACGAGUGGCUGAGCUUUUGGCGCGAAUGAGACAAGAGAUACUUGCUGGCGAAGAUGCAAAUGAGACGAACAGAGGCGGCUUGACACCGAGCACACUCAUCGAGAGUGUCAUAAUAAUCGAUCGCGAAGUGGACUUUGUCACCCCUUUGCUGACCCAGCUGACGUAUGAGGGACUCAUUGAUGAGGUAUUCGGCAUCCAGAACAACCAAGCUGAAGUUGACACUACCGUGGUUGGUGCCCCGUCCCAGUCCUCGACGGCCAGUGCGCAGGCUAGGAAACGAAAGAUUCAGUUGGAUUCCUCCGACAAGCUAUACGAGCAACUCCGGGAUACCAACUUUGCUAUUGUGGGCAGCUUGCUCAACAAAGUUGCUCGCCGCCUACAGAACUUGCAAAAGGACUACGAGGGUCGGAAUAGCCAUAAGUCGAUCGCGGAGCUCAAAGACUUUGUCAGUAAGCUGCCGGGGUACCAAGCCGAACAGCAAAGCCUUAGGAUUCAUACAGGCUUGGCGGAGGAAAUUAUAAAGUAUACGCGGACAGACCAGUUCAAAGGUCUUUUGGAAGCCCAACAAAAUCUUGCGGCUGGCGCAGACCCUUCCUCACAGUUUGACGCCAUUGAGGAGCUGAUAGCUCGUGAUACACCGUUGCCGGAAGUUCUCAGGCUGCUUUGCAUCUAUUCGUGCAUAUCAGGCGGGAUCAAACCCAAGGAGUUUGACCAGUUCCGGCGGCUUAUACUGGAAGGCUACGGCUACCAACACAUUCUGACUCUAAACAAUCUCGAGAAGCUCCAGCUGUUUCUGUCACGAUCUUCCCCCUUGGCGGAAAUGAUUCCCAUGACCGGCGCCAGUGGGAAUCCCACAGGGACGAAGACCAACUACACUUAUCUUCGCAAACUGCUUCGGCUUAUCGUCGACGAAGUCCAGGAAGACGAUCCUAACGACAUUGCAUACGUCUACAGCGGAUACGCGCCGUUGUCAGUCCGACUUGUCCAGUGUGUUUUGCAGAAGCAAUAUCUGCUCAAAGUCACGAGGGGGAACGGGGCCAGCGCUGCAACGGGAGGGCCUGCAGCACAGGGCUGGCAUGGGUUCGACGAGGCUGUCAAGCACGUUCGUGGGCAGACGUUUUACGAACUGCAGAAGGGCGAGGAGAAAGCUGUUAAGGCUCGGGCCUUGUUGUCAGGAGGAACAGAAAAGCAGACGGUAUUUGUUGUGUUCGUCGGAGGCAUAACAUUCACCGAGAUUGCUGCUCUGCGGUUCAUCGCGAAGCAGGAAGAAUCUCGAAGAAACAUCGUCAUAUGUACGACGUCGAUAAUAAACGGUGACCGGAUGAUGGACGCAGCGAUCGAGAGGGAAUCGUUUGCGAAAGAUAAUGGCAAGCCUGCAAGCCCAACGCCGUAA